AAAAGAAAGAAAAAGAAACCCUGUUAAUUGGAAUCCAAACUUUACAUUUUUCUUAAACUAAUUCUGCUUCAAUGUCACUACUGAAGUUGCUUAUGCAUUUAUCUCCUUUCUUGGUUGCUCAUUUAUUCGUAUCAGGUGUUGUUUCAGCAACUUUAAGAAUAUUAAACAAUUGUGACUACACUAUAUGGCCAGUAAUAAUAAACUCAACAUAUGAUCCAAGACCUCUCUUCUAUGUCACCUCAACGAUCCCAACUGGUUUUUCCCUUGGAGAGAAUGACUGGAAGGACAUAAAAACCUGGGAUGAUUGGGCUGGUCGUUUAUGGGGACGCACACAUUGCACUGAAGAUGAUACAGGAAGAUUCUCCUGCAUCACAGGCGACUGCGGCUCUGGCAAAAUAGAAUGUGCAACAGUACCACCUGGCUCGAGUCCUGCGACAAUGGCAGAGUUCAACAUUAACAAAGAUGGACGAUAUUUUUUUAAUGUUAGUCUUCUUGAUGGCUACAACCUGCCUUUGCUUGUUCUGCCUUCUAAUAAGAACUGCAAAAAUGCAGGAUGUGUGGUGGAUUUGAACGGCGUUUGUCCUUCAGAACUUACGGUUAAUAGUUCCGAUGGGAAGAUUGCGGGGUGCCGCAGCGCGUGUGAGGCCUUUGGUUCACAGCAAUAUUGUUGUCCUGGUGUCUAUGAAACAACUUCGACUUGCAAGCCUACUUCUUAUUCUCAGAAUUUUAAGAAGAAGUGUCCAAGCACUUACACCUAUCCUCUUGACGAUGAGACUGGUACCUUCAGUUGUGCAUCAUCCGAUUACCAAAUUGUCUUCUGUGCAGGAAACACAACUGUAUAUUCAGGCCCUGCCGAACCGCCGCCAUCACCAACUGUGAUAAUAGCACCAAGCCUUUACCCGCAAAUUAAAAAACCACCAAGACCUUCGCCACAAGAGAUAACACCAAGGCCUUCUCCAGAAAUAAGGCCUACAACUCCAAGAAGUUUGGUACCAAUUAUAGCAGGAGUUAUAGGUAGUGUUCUUCUUAUCAUUUCUUUUGUAGUGAUUUUUAUUUUGAGGGCAAGAUGCUGUGGGAAGUCUGAACAAGAUCUGCAGGAUGUGGAAGAUCAUCAUAUAAAGCAUGUUCCAGGAAUGCCUGUCAGGUUCUCAUACCAAGAACUGUACGUUGCAACUGAUAAUUUCAACGAGAGACUCGGAAGAGGAGGCUUCGGGUCUGUAUUCAAAGGAAAAUUGGGAGAUGGAACACAAAUUGCUGUGAAGAGGUUGGAGAAACGAGGCCAAGGAAUAAGUGCUUUUUUAGCAGAAGCCGAGGCAAUUGGAAGUCUGCACCAUUUUAACUUGGUGAGGUUGAUUGGAUUUUGCGCAGAGAAAUCCUCCAGGCUUUUGGUUUUUGAGUAUUUGAGCAAUGGAUCGUUGGAUAAUUGGAUUUUUAUGAAUUUACAAGGAUCUUUCCUUGAUUGGCAGACCAGGAAGAAGAUUAUACUCGACAUAGCAAAAGGCCUGGCUUAUCUUCAUGAAGACUGUCGACAUACCAUAAUACAUCUUGAUGUAAAACCACAGAACAUUCUUUUGGAUUCAAGUUUCCACGCCAAAAUCGCUGAUUUUGGGUUAUCCAAGCUAAUCAAUAGAGAUAUGAGCCAGGUUCAAAUCUCAAUGAGAGGAACACCGGGAUAUCUUGCUCCAGAAUGGCGUCAACCAUUAGGUCAUAUUACGGUAAAAGUUGACAUAUAUAGCUUCGGAAUCGUCCUCCUUGAAAUAGUUUGUGCACGCAGAAAUGCAGACCAAUCACAACCAGAAUCUGCCUUUCAUUUGCUUACAAUGUUGCAGAAGAAAGGUGAUCAAGAUAGAGUAAUAGACAUUGUGGGAAAUUUGGAUGAAUACACGCGGAGUGAUAGAGAGGAAAUAACGAGGAUGAUAAAGGUUGCUGCUUGGUGUUUGCAAGAUGACCCAGAAAGAAGACCUCUCAUGUCAACAGUUUUAAAAGUGCUGGAAGGUGUUAUGGAGGUAGAUUCAAACAUCAAUUAUCGGUUUUCGCAUGCAAUGGUAUCUUCUCCAGCUGGUAACAACCAUAUUUCUUCAGCACCUCCAGCAUCUGUUCUUUCUAAUCCUAGAUGAUGUAGUUGUAAGACUCUCUUUUCUGGCAGAAAUACCAAUCCUAGAUGAGAGUGUGUUUAAUGUUGUGGUAGCUGUUAUAAUUGUGGUUUGAAAAAAAUUAUUUUAUAAAAAGUAUUUUUGAUUGAGGU